AUGGGAGAGUGGCAGAGGGUAAGACGGAUGAAUGAUAGAAAACUAAGGUCUAACAUCUGGGAUUCUUUCAUUGCAAAAGGAGGUUCUCGUAAGAGUGGCGUAGAAGGGAUACAAUCUUUUUACAUUUCGGAGUUCCCGAAUAAUGUUAGAGCUAAGAAGUUAUUCAAGCUCUUUAGUUAUUUUGGGAAGGUGACGGAAGUGGUUAUCCCACCUAAAAGGAACAAAUACGGUAAGCGCUUUGGUUUCACCAAGUUUGCUGAUGUUGAAGAUGGCAGAGUCUUAGCAAUCAAACUGGACAACAUUUUUGUUGAUAAGGUGAAAAUCCAUGCUAACAUUCCUAGGUUUUCUAGGUUGGAAAAAGAAUCAAGGGGGAAAGAUCAUCUUGUUAUCAAGAGAACUAUCAAUCUUGAUAGAACUGACAUAGGGAAUAACAAUCUUGAUAGAACUGACAUAGAGAAGAAGGGAUCGAAAGAAGUUAUUCGUGGGAAUAUAACUUAUGCAGAAGUCAUUUUCAACGAUAGAAACAGGAACUAUAGAGAUCAACCUAAGUAG